AUGCGUCGACUCCAGAGAGUGAUCACUGAGAUGCUGGCGCAAAAUGAGCGAUUCAACGCUCCUAUGUUGCCACCGCCGACACCGCUGUCCGCGUCUUCCUCGCUCGCAGGUCAGCACUCCUUGCCUCAGACACAGGCAACUGCAUCGCAGCACCCCGGCCUGAGCUCACCAGCUUCGACAACAUCAGCGUUGCGUUCCCCGGCUCCCCGCGCCUUGCAGCGGGCAGCCCCGCAGCCGCUGAAUCUCCGUCAUUCGUGGGACACCAACUCUAACUGGUCUCCAGCGCCCUCUUCCGCCAGAAGCGAGGACGUUCCUCCUUCCGUGAGAGCCAUUAUACGCAAGCUGGUCGUCCUCAAGGCCGAAAUCAAUGACAAGUUAUGGGAUCUGCGCCGAAACAUGACCGCAGAGGGCGUCGAAGCCGUGCAGACGGCUACGGCGGACGGCAUCGCAGCACUCAUUGCUGAUCUGCGUGUGCUCAGUACGCAGUUCGGUCUGUAG